UUCAUCUGGGUAUUUGGUGUGGUAGGCAGUCUGUCAAUAGCCCUCCAGCAAUGUGAGUGUACCAUUCGCACAGCUCGCCGUUGACUAACAAAAAAGUCACGUUGGUUGGUCGUGUCUAUACACUCUGGGUAGGUUGGCACUACUAGUACAGCUAGCACCGGUCAGUUUAUCUUAUCUUUAGGAUAAACGCCAAGGCAUCAAGUGGAUUGUCAUGACUGCUUUCUUCAUCCAGACGACGGCCUCGACAGUUUUGGCCAUCCUUGCUUCAUAUCAGCUUCAACCUUACACGUCCUAUUUAUCCCUUGUCCACAUGUGUGUAAUUUCCCAUAAGCCCUGGAGCCUUCCAGCGACGACCGGAUCGUUGGCUGCAUUUGGUCUCUUUAUCAUUCUUAUGACGCUCUGGAAUGCGUUGGACAAGCCAUAUCGGAAACAGGCCGACGUUGUCGAGUCUCUCAUCCAGGAUGGGGCCCGAAUCUGAUAUUCUGUGACUACCGCUCCGCCCGAUAUAACUUGGUUGUGUUCUUACUAAUUUCCAAGUGCUUACAGUGGUCAACUUCAUCAUGACGCUUGUGGGCGAGGUCGGGCUGCAUUCUCGUUGCGUGUUGGGUGCUGACCACCAGCCACAGCCCUCGGACUGCCUGGUGACCCUUGUCGUCGUUGUGAGUUGUUAUCUUGUGAACCGAUCCAGAACUUAAUAAUUCGCUUGUUAGUGGUGCGUGAAUUUUUGUUUCUCUUGCUAAUGCUCAACUCUCCAGGUCAAUGUAUCGAAUCGUCGCCAGCCGCAUGCAACUCCGUGUUGAGGAUCUUCGGGCGUCAAGACUCUCGUAUUCUAGCCACGGUGGGGCCAUUCAAUGGGCAGAUCUGCGGUUGUGA